CAAUGAAGGUGUUAAUAUCGUUUCAUUCAUCGCGGGUCAUUGUUGGAGUUAUCGAGUGAUUCAAUUUACAAGGUGAAAUAUGAAUUUGGGGUGUCAAUCGUCCUAUUAUAACAGAAUGUAUAAAAUUGUUGAGGAGAGUUUGGAUGCUGCUUUGUAUGUUUGCAACAAUAACAUGGAGAGAUUCACAGAUGCCAAGAUUUUUGACGUUUUCGAUCAAACUUUCCCAACUGCCUUCAUCUUGAGUACAGGCUACUGGAUCUUUUUUGUGAGUAACUAUGGCGCCCCACUCUGCGUCUGUGGCCGAUUUGGCGUCGUAUGCCGCCACGUUAGACACAGAACACACUGGAUAGAUUUACAACCAAUGGCGGAGAAGAGCGAGAGCAUUGUUUUUGCUCCCAAAAUUUACGGUGCCGUUAUACCAAGGAAAUACAAUAUUGCCAUCGAUAGUGCAACGGAAUGCAACGGAUAUGUAAUCAGUAUAAAUAUGGACCUGAUAUACUCAAAGAAAGUAAGGAAAGAAUUUCACGUCAACAUUCGAGCUAGCUAUGGUUAUGUUUACCCUUGCUACGGUGCCCUCUUCUCUGUGAGAUUCACUCCAAAUCCUAUCCUAAAAGGAAACUAUGGUAAAUACUUGGAGCAACUAAAGAUCCAUCGAGCAGUCUUGGUUAAUAGGCAUUACGUAGAUGACUUGAUAGUGACGCCCUACAGUAUGCCAUCUACCUGUCUCCUCCUCAUAUCCGUGAAUCUAAUCAAGUACGAUCUUCCUGGUAAAAUAUCAGCAGUGCCUCUUUCAGAGUGGGAGAUUUCAAGAAACGACUUCCGCUGCAAGGACGCUUCCACUCAAACAAUUCACAAUAACGAGUUAGAGCUGUACAAGAAAGCUUUGGAAAACUUCUCCAACUCAAUCUGGCACUACAAGGAAGACACUGACAAUGAUUCCAGGAUUUUAAGCCAAUUCUUAAGCGACAAUGAGCAAGAAAAAUCAGGAAAAUCUUUUCCUUUGGGUAUUGACAAUCCAGAACAAUACGAUAGACAGUUUCCGGACAUGACAAACAAAACCAAUGGAAAACUUUCAAAACAUCCAAUAAGAGAGGAUUCUAUCCCAAAGCCUAUCCUAGCACCAUCUAUUCAAGUCAACAUCAACCAAUCGAAGUGUCAAAAUUUUCAAGGCUUUGGGAAGGCGCAGCUCCCAAAUUUCGAGGAGGCCUUUCAAACUUGCCAGUAUUUCGCGAAACCUCAAUCUACCAGAAGAAAACGAGGACGGCCUAAGGCCUUUCGUUAUGACGUUUCAAGGUCAUUGAACGCCGUUUUGAACACUAAAAAACCAGUAGUUGCAACUACGAUUGCUUCGAUAUCACCUCCAUCUUCUGAGAACCUAACCACAGAAUCUUCCAUUGAACAAGUGCAUUCUAGUUCCGAAGAAGAAAAACCUGUCAAAGUGGUAGAUAGCCAGAGCUUGGCUGAGUUUGAUGAAAUAGUGAAGCAGGUCAAUGAAAAGUGUAAAUAUUUCGGAGAUGAAGAUUACGAGAAUGAACUGGAUUUGAUCAAUCAGCUGAUUACAGAAAAAAUGCAGAAUGACAUGAUUGGAAUCUACGGUGAAAAGUCUGAUAUAUUUUAGUUAUUCUGAAUGCUUCCCAUACUAUGUAAUACAGGGUGGUCCAGAUUUUAGUUCAAUAACUUUUGCAUCGGAUAGAAAAACUCUUUUCAUGAAAAAGAGUUCAUAUAAACAUAUAUCCUAACGUUUUCCAGAUACAAGGUGUUAAUAUUUAAAAAAAACUAUCAAUUUUUUACUUAUAACUCUAGUAUUAUUACAUUCAUCGUUUUAAUUUUUAGGUAUUGAAGUCUGAAGAUAAUGGGCGCGUUCAGCAGGCUCAACAGUUGUGGAACACUUGUCAAUAUUCUAUGAAUUUUCUGCUGAACGCAUUCUAUCAGUUUCCGAGAGCGGUCGCCAUCUUUGGUAGCGAAUUUAUUUCAUGCUACUUUUUGGUAACAUGUUGAGUAACUGACAUUAGUGACAGUUGUGACAGUGAUUUGGGGAUGACAUUUAAAUUUCAAUUAUAGCAAUAUUAGAAACUGAAACCUAUACGUUUAUUAACAUUCUAAAAUGUUACUCUGAAUAAAGAUCCCAUAUAUUGAAGAAUAAAAUAGUAAUAAUACCGAAAGCAAACUUGGAAAUUAAAAUCGAUAUUAUAACAGAAAAUUGUCUCUCAUCAUAACAUAACCUUCAAGGAGGACCAACAGAACCUAUUACUGUCAAGAAAAGGAGCAACCCUUUCGGCAGAGAAUACUAAACCAAACUGAUACUUAUCGGUGGCGGAGCUACUUACGUUACCGAUCUUUCUGCUGAACGCGCCCAAUGUAAUGUUCCGAAUUAGGAACAUUGCCAAAUUUAUUCAGUCGCGGAAAUAUAGUGGUGCCAUGAACCGUUUCCUAUUGAAAAUCUACAUCACAGUCUUAUUAUUUUUUUUUUGAGAAAAUUAUUUCUUUUCUGAAAUCAACAGAGUUUCACUAAAAAAAGAGUUCUUCGAAUUAUUUUCAUCAUUCAAAAAAACUGAAAUCUGGACCAUCCUGUAUAAUGAUUAAACUUGAUGAUUGCAUUACAUGACUACUUAACAAAUGAGGAGAAAUAAAAUGUAUCGAUUCUCGCUUUCACUAAUGAUUCUGAAAUCCAACAAGCAAUGAAAUUGGGUGGAACCUCACUAAUUGAAAUAAAAAAAAAAAAUACCUGUC